AUACUAAUAUAUCAAAAUAAAUCAUCUUAUAUUGAUAUUAAUUAUUAUAUUAGAAACACUGAUACUAGUUAAGUAACCAGUUGAUCUUUGUUCUCUCAUCACUAUGUUCAAGUCAGAAAAUGUGUGAUGGUGAGGUAUUUUACCACAUUGCAGAUAAAAACGGCUUCGAAAUAUUACGAAAAUUACAAAAAAAUAUUGUAAUUCAAGAUGUAUUCUUUAAUCCGUACGAAAAAGAUGGUAUCCGGCCACAAAACAAUAAUUAACCAGUACUGCUUUUUUAAAUUGUGGUAUAAUACCAAUCAAAUAAAUAGUAGUUUGGCAUUUAUUUGUUUGGGCAAAAGAGAUCUCAGAAAUAAUAGAUUAUCAUCAUCCUCUAUAAUAUCAGAAAACUAUAACAAUAAUAAUUUACCAUAUAUACAGUCUCGUACAUUUUAUAUAACACCAAUAUGGUAUGGUCAAGAAUCAUCUUCUAAAGUAGAAGAAACUGUAAAAAAUAUUAAAGAACAAAAAGAACUCAAACUUAAAACACAAGAAUCUAUUCCAAGUAUAUCAAAACCAAUGGAAAAAAAGACAAAACUAUGGCAAAAGGUCAAGGCAGAAAUUAUACAUUAUUAUCAUGGAUUUAGAUUGUUAGGUCUUGAUAUGAAAAUUUCAGCAAAAUUGAUAUGGAGAAUUUUACAUGGUAAAGAACUUAGUAGAAGAGAACAUAGACUUCUUAUAAAGACAACAGGAGAUGUAUUCAGACUUAUUCCUUUCUCUGUUUUUGUUAUUGUUCCAUUCAUGGAAUUAUUACUUCCAGUUGCUAUUAAGCUUUUCCCUGGAUUAUUACCAUCUACUUUCCAAACAGCAACGGAGAAAGAAGAUAAACUAAAACAAGCAUUAAAGAUUAAAAUUGAAAUGGCAAAAUUUUUGCAAAAGACAUUGGAUGAAAUGGGAGUACAGUCCUCUGACUAUAAAUCAAAAAAAGCCAAAGAAUUUGCUGAAUUUUUUUAUAAAGUUCGAUCGUCUGGCACUGUAGCCAGUAAUGAAGAAAUCAUGCAAUUUAGUAAACUUUUUGAAGAUGAGAUCACAUUAGAUUCUCUUACACGUCCACAAUUAGUUGCAUUAUGUAGGGUAUUAGAUGUACAAACUCUUGGAACGUCGAACUUUCUACGAUUCUUACUUAGAAUGAGACUUAGAAGUCUCACUGCAGAUGACAAAUUAAUUGAAAAAGAAGGUAUAGAUUCACUUACUAGAAGUGAAUUACAGCAAGCCUGUAGAGCACGCGGAAUGCGAGCAUAUGGAUUACCAGAUAGUAAAUUGAAGGAACAAAUGACCCAAUGGUUAGACUUAAGUUUAAAUAAAAAAGUUCCACCUUCAUUGUUGCUCCUUUCACGAGCACUUAUGGUUCCUGAAACGAUACCUAUGUCAGAUAAAUUGAAAGCUACCAUUUCUGCCCUUCCUGAUACUGUUGUUGCUCGUACUCAAGGUGCAAUAGGAGAAAAGGAAGGCAAAAUGGACCAUAAAACUAAUAUUGAAAUUAUUAAAAUGGAGGAACGUAAAAUCGAAGAAGAGAGGCAAGAGAUGGAACCACAAGCUACUGUUACCACCGAGAGCCAUAAAACUGACGAGAUUACGAAUACGGAUGUCAAAGUGUUAGAACAGGCAUUAGAUUCUCUUGGAAAGGAUAACAAGAUGUCUGUUGAAAAAGAAGAGUUGAAAGAGCUCAAAGAAGAAAUGGCUGAUUAUCAAGAGGAUCUUAAAGAACUUUAUGAAAUAAAAGCAGCUGCCAAAGGCCAGGAAGAUAUAGAAAAUAUUAAAAUAUCUAAAGGCGCUACACGUUUGUUUAAAAAAGUGAAUAAGAUGAUUAGUAAAAUGGAUGCAGUUUUGGAACAACUUGAAUCUGAGAAACAAGAGAAAAAAUUACAAAAGAUAAAUAAUGCUAACACAGGGGAUACUACUACUUCAGAAACCGCCGAAGAAUUAAUUAAAAUAGGCGAACUAAUUUCAGCGAUUAAACAAAUUCAAAGCGUACCUGAUCAGCAUCGAUUACAACGCAUAACCGAAAUUUUAGCAAAAAUUGACGACGAUAGAGAUGGAGCUAUCAAAAUAGAAGAUGUUUUAAAGGUGUUAGAAUUAAUUGGAAAGGAAGACAUUAAACUAAGUAAGAAACAGGUAGACGAAGUGCUUGAACUGAUUGAUAAAGAAGAAAUUUUAGAAGAGAAAGAACAGAUCCAAAAGGUGUUAGAAAAAGAUGCAAUUGAACUUAAAGAUGGAAAAUGUACUGAAACAGAAUAUGUUUCACCUAAAUCACCUGUUCCUGCUACGCCUGUAACGACCGAGAAAGGUUUCGGAACAGAAAAAUUAGAGGAAAAUGGAAAAUCGAACAAAAGUUUUUCUCCACAUUCAUCUGAACAAGAAAGAGAAAAAUCAGCUGCUGUCCUUAAAAGUAACACCAGUUCUGAUUCGGUCAGAAGCCCACCAUUAACUCCCGGUGUGCCACCACCGGCAAAAAAAGCGGAAGGCUCUAAGCAGUUAUAAUUACCGCACAAUUAAAUACUAUUAAUUUCUGUAAUUAUGAAUACAAUCUUUUUA